UGUGAUGAACCGCGCCCAUUUUGGGCUAGUCAUAGCUCUGAAAGUGGGGCUGGCCAAUAGGGAUGACGAGACAGACAUGUGGGGCAGGGACCCGCAUUUGCUCUGUGCGGUGGGGUACGGAGCAACGGUUUGGUUGACUCUACGGGGUUGCUCCGUAGCUCUGCCAGGGAGCAACGAAGCAACGCUCUGUAGCUCUGCCAGGGAGCAACAGAGCAACGACCUAAUUGGUUACACAGUUAGAUAUAUACGAUGACCGUACCCACAGUCUUAGAUAGCUCUUGCUUGGUUCUUCAAGCAAGCAAUACACAUUCACUGUACUCAUACACUUUGAGUGGCAUU